AUCCGAAUUCUUGCAACUCAGAGAUCCAAGUUUAGCAAGCAGGUCAGCCAUUUCGUUGCCAGGGAUAUCCCUAUGACCCGGAAUCCAGACUAACAGUAUUUCCAUGCCUUUGUAUAUCGCCAUCUGUAGUUUAUAUCUGAUGUUAAAUGACAGUUCCAAUCCGGUUCCUUCCAAGUCGAGAUUAUUUAGCUGGGUUAAUACGCUCAUCGAGUCUGUAAAAAUUCCAACUCUUCUUAUAUUCUCCUGUAGUGAGAUGUCAAUAGCGCGCAGAAUGGCCAUGCUUUCAACCAGGAAAAUGAUAUGGGAGUCGUGUACACGGAUUGCCUCUCUGGCUUCAGGGAAAGGAGAAUACACCCCGUACCCAGCCCCACCAUCAGGGAGCACAGAACCAUCCGUGUAUACUUCUCUGUCCAGAGUCCGCUCCCUAGACCACAUGUAAUAGCCGAUGUGGAGUAGUCUCCGUGAGGACCAAGCCCCCCAGUCUAACACUGAUCUGAUGAGACCUCUGUAAACUAUGAGAAGGGUAGCGGGAUGACACCCCCAUUUGAUGCCAGCAAAUGACUUGAGAAGAUUAACACGUUUCAGGCAAGAAAUUCCAAUUUUGGUUAUGUGAGUCCUCUAGCUUAGGUUUGUAUCAAACGAAAACUCCAAAAACGUGGUUCCUGAAGAGAUCGGGAUUAUUUCGUCAUGUAACUUUAGGAGUGAGUCUGUUCUAUUAAUAUGAUUUUGGAUUGUGCUGAAUCUAUGUGAUUCAUGAAAUAUACACCAUUUAGUUGUGUUGAGAGAGAUUUUAAGGUCUAAAGCCUCAAGGUUUUUAUUCAGAAUUAAGAGGUCUUUCUGUAAUGUAUUAUAUAUCUCCCCCACGCAGGAGUCCGUAGAGAAAAUCACAACAUCGUCCGCAUAUGAAAGAAUAUGUGUCUUCUUAUUCAGGUUUAGGUGAAUUCUAGAUAUAUAGAUAUUGAAGAGGAGGGAGCUCAGUACCGAACCUUGAGGAACACCUCGAUUACCCAUCCUAGUGCCCAAGUGAUCACCACCAAAAUAUCCCUUCACCCUCCUGUCCUUAAGUAUAAAAGCGAGAAAUUUAGCAAAGUACUCAGGGAUACCUAGUUCAUUCAGAAUAUUCAGUAAUUUGUCAACGUUGACAUUAUCAAAAGCACCUUCAAUGUCAAUAAAAAUAGCACCAACGUAUUU